UACAGUUGUGCAGCUCCGACUUCCAGUUCCGCCGAUUACCAUACCCUCCGUGCACUCAGUUAGCUUGUAAGACUCGAACCGGGCGGAGGGCAACGGUUUUUUUGGCCACCUAAGCCAAAAAUCAACACGCUUGCUCCGUGUCCAACGAACCGGAAUCGGAGGAGGAGGAUGCCCAUCCACUGGGACUGGGACUGGGAGCACGACCACGAGCAUGGCGUGGGGCACCACCACUGGCCGCCGCCGCGUCGUCACUGGUCAACGGGGGAGUCCAAGUGCCGCCAGCGGCACUACUACCUCUCCCACGACCUCGAUGUCUGCGCCCGGGACUUUCAUCUGCGGAUGGACGACAGUGCCUGGUGCCAUGGCUCCUGUUUGGUAGGCCGCGUGGUCAUAGAGACGGGCACCGAACCGGAUUCCCUGGGCCGCGGGACCUUCAAGGUGGUCCUCGAUGUCCAUCACUUCCAGAUCUCUGAGCUGACAGUGAAGGCCAGGAAUAGCGACACGGUGUGCGUGGAGGGCAAGCAGGCGGAUGACCGGGCGGAGAAGGGUCAGCUGUGCAUCACCCGUGAGUUCACCCGAUCCUACAAGCUGCCGCGGCACUACGACGCCACCCAGGCAAGGGCCACCUUCUCCGCGGACGGAAUACUGAUGAUUACGGUGCCAGCACCACCGAAGCUGGACGACGUGGAGCGCCUGGUGGAGAUCGAGCCCACGGGCAACUACUUUGGCAGCGUCUCGGAUCCCACGGCGCCCAGGGCCAUCGAGGGGGCGGAGGGGGCAGGGGAGGGCGGAGAUGGUGGAGAGGCUAAUCCUGCUGGCACGGCGAUGGACAAAUGAAGACGGCGACGUCUGGCGGUUGCGCAACGAUUCCGCUUCCUCAUCCCCAAGUGGAGGCGGAAGCCCAAGGGCGUUUAGGCCGUCAGAGGCAGUCGAUGGAUUCAUUUUUUUUGGGGGCGGAGAGGAAAGUCACCUGGCACCUGCACCUUGGAGUUCCAACCGAAAACAAGAGUUACUUGGAUUGUUCGUAGGUUCCAACUUAGCUAGCACGUAGACCUUCGUUCGAAACGUGAGCAAAUAUGGCGAGGUCAACAUUGUUCUAGGUUUUUUCUUAAGAUAGCUUCAAUAUAACCCUAUAGAGUUGACAACUGCUUGUGAUUUUUGUUUUAUGCCAAUAAAG